UCAACGCAUCGUGUCUCCCCGCCCUUCUUGUCAUCCCAAGACUGUGAGCCUCAGCUUGUGCUCCCGGACAUGAUGCGACGCUUUGCUCUGGCCUGCUCAAGUAUUUCUGUUCCAACGCUUGCAGCGAUCGGAGCGAUCGUUACUCUCUCACGAUCUGGUGCCUGAAGGCAACUCCUCCGUCGGACAUUUCACCAGAUGACGUACGAAUCUCUCGUCCCUGACGAUUGUUAUUUCCCAAUGUUCGAUUCAGGGUGAACCUUUGCCAGAACUAUACCAAGCGGAGGGAAAGCAUCCGCUCCGUGCGUCAUCUCCACAAGCUUCACGAAGUGGUGCGGCACGAAGAUUGCCGCUGCAUAGCUUCGUACUCUUGACUGGCUCCCUCCAGACGUGCUCCUCUCACCCCUAUACCUUCAAGGUGCCUAUUUGUCAAGUACAGCAUGCCGCCCCGUAUCAAUCGCUCGCUCACCAGCUCCGCCCGAGCUACUCUGACCUCAAUGCCAGACGAGAUUUUGUGGGAGAUCUGCCUCCGAGUCGAUAAUCUUGGAGGCCUUGCCCAGGUCUGUAGGCGCCUUCACCUAUUUUCGAAGAGCAACACUCUUCGUGCACAGUACCUCGUCAAGACCUAUGGCCGACCGUAUGCGAUGUUUCAUGCCAUCGCUCGACCUAAGAUCUUUGACCCCCUGCUUUGCAAGGCUUUGAUCGCUGCGGGAGCCACCAUCUCUCUAGCACUCGUCCAAGAGUUGACAAAGGUGAUCUCGGUCUCCAGAGCUUUCCGUAGCAGAGCUCGAGGUCAAACUCACAUCUGCCUCUCACGUCACUCUCAUUACAUUCAGCGCUACUUCUCGUCCGGCAACGCUCGUAUUGAAUAUGCAAAGAAGGAUUCCUGGUGCUUGAACCUCACGUUCCUCGCUGCCACAGCUGUGAUUAUUGAAGGGGCUAUCAGAUACUCUCAUCUUAGGCUGGAGACGUCCGAAAUGGAGCUCUUCCUGGACUGGACCACCGGGCGUAUCGCCCUAUCGCGCGCAGCACUCGAAACAAUGUUUCUUGAGCGACAAUUUGCCCCGCUACCCCUGCGCAUGGAGCAAUACAAGGCGUCUUACACGAAGAAUCUGCUCUCCAAUGUCCUCGAGAAUGCAGCCACUGUAAGCGAGCUGCUGUACGCCCAGCUGAUCCACAACUCCCGCAAGCGUAAGACUCCAGUCGUCUCUAGCGGUCCGGCCAAGAUAAAAAUGACGAAGACUUGAAGAAUUGAGUCCUGCCUUUCAACGUGCCUCGAGAAAGACUGCGAUGAUGGGAGCCUCAAGACUCACAUUGACUAUCCUACGGUUCAAUCUUCUCUCCUUACGAUGUCUCCUGUAGACCGUAUUCGUUCACUCGCUGUCGCUUGCUCAUUAACGUCUAUCUAGCUUGUUUCAUCCUGAUGGUCGCCUGGCGUGAGCUUAACGAUGCCUCGUAAUGAGCGUGCGAGUGGAUUGGCAUCGACUGUGCUGGCUUUGUUCUCCUCCUACGUUGUUGUGGACGCUGGCACGGUUGGCAUAUGAGGAAAUGGGGGCAAAGGCGUGCAGAGCCUCAGGAGACCUUUCAUGGCUUUGGCCUGGCGCUCGCAUUGCCUGUCAUUCCGAGGUGAUUGGCGGAGCCUCGAAGGUGUGGCGCCAG